CACCGCGAUCCGAGAAGCACCGCAUGGUAACUAAUUGUGGUCUACCGCCGCAUGAAAUAACAUAGGAGGAAGGAUCAACGAGCAGGCCAAACAUAAUCACUGUUUGCCAAGGCACUUUCAGUGUGCUGUUCGUGGGCCUCAACGACUCUACUAGUACCGGGGACAGUGACAGCGGAGACGGCCUGCAAUGCUGCGACAGAAUAUUCGAAACACCGCCCUCUUUACUCUCGCUGCACAGUGGGCACUCCGGGCCGGGAUUCCUCACAUACGGCACCGUCACCCUGGAAGUUCUCGACUACCGGUAUAGUGUACGAGUGGAAGUAAGCCGCAGGAGAUCAAGAACCCAAUUUCUAGGAGAGGAAAGGAAAUAUAUUUAAUUAAAGUUCCCAACCCCCCCCCUCCCCAAAUGCUACUAGCCCUCGGAAGCGGUUCGCUAACCAUCUCUUUCUAUUGCUCGGAAGAAACAGGUUGGGAUAAAUGUUUACAAUUUCCCUGGAGACAUAUCCGAUAAUAGCCAUCUAAAUGGAUAUCGUUCUGUUGUUUUCGAUAGGUACCGUAUUGUUCUUGGGGUAUACAAGGAACGGUAUGAGAACUUUACGGACGCGGCUGUGCCGUACUGAUAAUGCUUUCAAUUUUACUGUAAGAGCUGACAAAGGAAAGCUAACAUAGCAGAGUAGAACGCUGAUGCUACAUAGCUUAUGAAACGUUUAUUUGUUUGAGUCGGUGUCGUGGCCUUACCGGGGCGUCGGUGGUGUGAAAGAAGCACCGUAUUGCUUCUGUGGUUCGGCCCUCUUUUUAAGGGCGUUCUGGUUUUAGCAUGCUAUCAUAGAAUUAUUAUAGCUAGUAUGAUACUAAAUUUGGGCCGUAGGGUUGUAGCACUGGUAUUGAGAGAAGUCCAUAAUAUUAUGCGAUAUGGUGGAGGGAAAUCCCAACGAUAUAGCCUUGGACCGGGGAUGUAAUACGGCAGUCUGCAUGUGCCAAUAUUUGAAAUAUAUUGUCAUUCUGUGCGGGUAGUAUGGUCUCUACGGGUACCGUAUUGAAUUCCAGCAAUGCUGAACUAGAUUGCUUGGCACCGACAGGGGAGCUUUGAGGCUAGCGCCUGAGAUGGGCGAAGGAGAACUUACCCGGACGAAGUUCGAUAGUAUCAGUGAACCUCAUUUAAACAACAACCUCUAGAGCUCGGCCAGCGUUCUUGACCAAUAUGCUCGUCGACUACUCUGAUAGCGAAUCCGACUCAGGAGAUCAAAAACCCGAACCACCCCCCCAAAGCCCCCCGGUCUCUAGAAAAACAGGACUGUCCGCCCUUCUUCCAAAGCCAAAAGAGUCACAGAAAACUGGUCAGGAUGGCGACAUUGUGGCUACUGGCCCAAGAAAGUUUAUUGUUAACCUCCCGAAGCUCGAUACGCAGGGCGACGAUGCAGAUGGCCCACCAGCGAAAAAGAUACGGACUGGCGGAGGCGGUUCUGGAUUAAGCGCAAUGUUGCCUGCCCCAAAAAGAUCAGGGGCUACAGUGAGGGUUGAUCCCAAACCAUCACCUUCUCCGAUUGAGCAUGGGGCGGAUAGAGUGUCAGAAGAAGCUGUGAAAGAGCAGGAUCCAGCUAGCCGGACUAUUGGCGGCACAACUAUGUUCGUGCCACAGUCAGUAUCUAGAAAACCUAUUCAACCAGCAAGCGCAUUCAAGAAGUCGUCGGGGACUGGAGCAGUGAAGCCCAGAAGCCAAGUGCCCACCAAAGUUUCCCUAUUUGGAGCAGGAACAAACUCUUCUACGUCAAAUAAGUCAAAUAAAAAGACUUUGCCUACCGGAGAAUAUAAGCCUAUAAUGGUUUCUGCAGCAAAACCAGUCAGGCUGUGGGAUGCGGAUGGCAAUGGAGGAGACCCUUAUAGCGUUGGAGAUGAUGUCUUGGUAAUAGCUACCGAUGGGGAGGCUUCCUACCAAGCUUUGACUGAUCAUGGCGAUGCACCUGAGGACCUUGACGCAAUCGCUCGGCAGGCAGGAUUGGAUGAUUCUGCUAUGCGCCAGCUCUAUGGUCGUCGUGGUCGACAGGAUGCGCCAAUCAACAUAUCUACAUUUAGUGUUGAUGAGGAUCAGGAGUAUUGCGCCAGGGAAACAUCAAUUGUCUUCUCUGCUCAAUGCUGCGCAAGCGCAGAGGGGCGCAUUGGAGGAAAGCUUUGCUCAGGGAAAAAGAAACAAAAGGGAGGCUGGCUCAAAAUAUGGAUGGUAGCCAGCGGUGUAAUAUACGGGUCGGUUGCAAAAAAGUAUUGUUUUUAA